GGUCUGUAACCUCUAUACCUGCUCUCAAUUCACUUCGUCGUAUCAAAAUCUGAGCUGCUCUCUCAGACACUACCCAAUCUCUGCAACCAUGGACGUUCUCUCAAUCUCAUCCCCUCUAUUCUCCUCAACUCCCAAACUCUCCCACACCUUCGCCCCAAAACCCAUCUCCUACUUCCCCACUUCUUCAUCUUCACGACUCCCAACCAUCAAAUCCGUCUCUCUCCAAACCCCAAAACCCUCUUUCGCCUCUUCCAAGCCCCAGUCAGCUAACCCUUCGCUGCUUCUCAACUCCGCGCCUCAGACGCCGGCGACGGCCAUGAGAGGCGCCGAGGGCGACGCCAUGGGGCUCCUGCUCAGGGAGAGGAUUGUCUUUUUGGGUAGUAGUAUUGAUGACUUUGUGGCUGACGCCAUUAUUAGCCAGCUGCUUUUGUUGGAUGCUCAGGACCCCAAGAAGGAUAUCAAGCUCUUCAUUAACUCCACUGGUGGUUCUCUCAGUGCCACAAUGGCUAUAUACGACGUCGUUCAGCUUGUGAGGGCUGAUGUCUCCACAAUUGCGCUUGGCAUUGCAGCAUCUACAGCUUCAAUAAUCCUUGGUGGUGGCACCAAAGGCAAGCGUUUUGCAAUGCCCAAUACACGGGUUAUGAUUCAUCAACCUCUUGGAGGAGCUAGUGGCCAGGCAAUAGAUGUAGAAAUUCAAGCUCGAGAAGUCAUGCACAAUAAAGACAAUGUCACAAGAAUUAUUUCACAAGUAACCGGUCGUUCAUACGAACAAGUUGAAAAAGAUAUUGACAGAGAUCGCUAUAUGUCCCCCAUAGAAGCAGUAGAAUAUGGAAUAAUUGACGGAGUUAUUGAUGGAGAUAGUAUUAUUCCUCUGGAGCCUGUCCCAGACAAAGUAAAACCAAGAAUGAGUUAUGAGGAAAUUAGUAAAGAUCCAAUGAAGUUCUUGACACCAGACGUCCCUGAUGACGAGAUAUAUUAGUUUUGGAACAUUUGAUUGAGAGGCACACCAAGGCACACCAGUCUCACGGCUUUCUGAUUAUGUGUUAAUUGCAUAUAACUUUGUGCCUAGGCCUGAUAUUUGAGAACCCAAAAUUUAUGUAAUUAAAGCAUUUAUGCUUUUUCAUUCCAAAGUUUCAGUAGUUAUUUCAGUUUUUAUCAUUAAUAGAACUGCUACAUUAUAACCUUAAUUUGUUUUGUUGGAAGCUGUGAUGCUCAAA